UCUUUCUGCUUGCUUGCUUGCUGCCAGCGUUUUCUUUUUUUUUUUAGUACUGAUGAAUACGGGCUUUUAGCAUACUACUUUGGCAUUAACAAGCAAUGGUUCAAAAGACAACGUUUAUACAAAAGCUGUACAAAAUCCUCGAGGACGAGGAUUAUCAGCAAUUGAUUCGAUGGAGUUCAUUGGGAACGUCCUUUCUCGUCAUGGACUCUGCAGAAUUCUCUCGCAACGUCCUCCCCAAAGUCUUUAAACACAACAAUUAUACCAGCUUUGUUCGUCAACUCAAUUUGUACGGCUUCCACAAGACCAACCGCUCCUACCAUCGUCACGCGGGCAUGACCGAUGCGGAACGGGAAGCAGAGCCACGAGAAUUUUCUCAUCCCAAAUUCAUUCGGUACCGACCCGACUUGUUGGGUGAAAUUCGCCGCAAGUCGGCGCAAGAUCGCCUGCUGUCAACGUCCCAAAUCAGUGGGUUCCCUUCUGCUGCCGAUGAGCUACAUGCGGCCACGACGCUAGCGGGCGUUGCCUCUGCUUCACGCCCCAUUGCACCUGCACCGCCUUCGGUCGCUCUCAUGUCAGAGAGGAAUGCCCAACCCCACCACCACCAACGCAAGGGCAGUCCGCCCUUGUCCACUGUUGGCGCCUCACCCCACUCGCCAAUGUCUCCAGUGGAUAGAUCCCCCCACUACAGUUCGCUUCCCCCGCCGGGUGUGUACAGUCAUCCGCCUCCCUACCCAUUGCCGCCAACGCAGCCCAUAGUUGGGACUUCUGCUGCUGCUAGUCGCAUGGAGCAAGGAGGGUCUACUCUGACAAUGAUGCAGGAUGUACAGAGCAUGAUCAUGAAGCAGCUCUCGCAUCUUCAGACCAAUGUGCAGGAUUUGAUGGCCGAACUGCGGGACGUUCGAAAAACACAAGACAUGCAGCAACGCGUCAUUGAGAGUUUGCUGCGCGAUGGCAAAAUGAGCAAUAGUGACAGGGACGCAGAUAAAGGACCUCGAUCUGUCCCUUCCUCUUCAUCCCAUCCGCCCCCACCAUCGCAUCACCUCCCACACCAUCAUCGCCAACACCCGCUCGAUCUCCGGACAGACAUGAGCCGUGCGGCGGAAGAACACUAUUACCAACAACAACAACAGCAGCAGCAACGCGAGCACUCCAGCAAGACACGUGACCGCAGUCCACGUGGAUCCAUUGUGGCGCCACCAUCUGCUUCGCCAUUGUCCAAUGCCGCGAGCACUCCAGCAAGACACGUGACCGCAGUCCACGUGGAUCCAUUGUGGCGCCACCAUCUGCUUCGCCAUUGUCCAAUGCCGCGAGCACAUCACCGAAAACGAUCCUUCCGCCUCCCUCUGUCCUUGCAUCCUUUUCCCCUUUGCGACGGGGCAGUAGCCCUGGACUCAACAAGCAACUCAAAGACGAGCGAUGUACCUGUAACGACAUCGCCGUACGCGUCACCACCGGUCGAUACGCACCGAAAUUCCAUUGAUUCUGAUGUAGAGUCUGAACGCCAUGUGCGUGAUCGUGAUCGUGAGCGAUCUCUACAUGGCGAUAGGUACCAUCCUUAUGCAAAAGAGGAUGACAAGCCCCGGUUUAUUCUGCCACCUCCCAGAGGGCAAGAAGAGUGGGGACGGAGGGGACUUGUUGGAUGGAGAUGA